UUAAAAGUGUCGAACCAGGAAGUGGAAGAAGAGAGAGACGAAGAGGGAAAGGGUUUGGACUAUGCGAAGAGGGCACAGUGGGUGAGAGCUGGUGUUUUGGGUGCGAGCGAUGGUUUGGUGUCAACGGCAGCCCUGAUGAUGGGAGUGGGGGGUGUGGAAAGGGAUGAUCAGAGCAUGAUUCUGUCUGGAGUGGCAGGGUUGGUGGCUGGGGCUUGCAGCAUGGCCAUUGGAGAGUUUGUUUCGGUCUCUUCACAGUAUGAUAUUGAGUUGGCUCAGCUGAAAAGAGAGGGAAACAUGGAUCAGAAGCAUAAACUCCCAAACCCUUAUUCUGCUGCUUUUGCCUCAGCCCUUGCCUUUUCUCUUGGUGCAGGGGUGCCACUACUUGCUUCCGCCUCUGUGAGUAGUCACAGGAUUAGGAUGGCGGUGUUAGCGGGUGUGGUGACCCUUACCUUGAUUGUGUUUGGAGCUUUGAGUGGCUGCUUAGGGAAAGUUUCGAGGGUGAAGUUCAUUUGUAGGAUUCUGAUUGGAGGAUGGAUGGCCAUGGCAGUUACCUUUGGUUUAACAAAGCUUGUAAAUGAUUUUGGAAUAUUACUAACAUGAUUUACAUCACCUUUAUGCCUAACUAGCUACAUCUUCAUACUUACUUUCUUUCUUCUUCUCUAUGUGUAAGCCACACUGGUUCAAGCAUCCAAGAAGUGAUGUUCAACAUCCACCACAAAUUUCAGUUGCAUUCAUAUUUGUUAGGAGUUGGGUUUCUUCUGUUUUACUAGUUCCCUUUGCCUUUCGCUACCUUGUAUUACACUGUGUGUAUUUCUAUUAUAAUAAGAUUCUCCAUGCAAAGUAACAUUGACUGGGCUUUCUCUCAAACACCUUCCGUGCAAGUUUUACUCUCUUUUCUUAUGACUUGCAUAUCACCCACAA